CAGCUGGUUCCCGGUAGAGGGAAAGUCUCAUUGGAUGAUGCCUUAUGGAUAGACAGAUGAAGGAAAUAGGCUUAGCGUGGAGUUAAUUUUUCGUUGUGAAUCAAAAGUGUCCGGAAGAAUAAAAGAAAGGCUGGUUGAGAAAUUGCUAUGAACGGGAACAGUUUGGACAAAAAACAACAACGAUGACUAAUCCUGAGAAGAGAGUAGAGAAAAAUAUUUGUGGAGAUCAUUGUGAUCAACAGCAAAACUAUGGAGAUGGACAUGGGGAAGAUCUCUGGGAUGCAUUUGAGCUUCUGGAAAUUGAUGGGAAUGAUGAAAGAUCCAAUGAACAGGUUACAGGAAAUGAGAACUGGUGUUCGAGGAAUGUUCUAAGGAAACAACGGCACUGGGAGAAGAUUGUUUCUGCAAAGAAGGAUAAAAGAAAAUGUGAAAGAGAACGACGUAAAGCGAAGCACGCUGAGCAAAAAGGCACUGCUCCUCAACUUAGUAAGCGAGAUCUAAAAGCCAUUGCAAAAGAUCGUCUUCUAGAGGCCAAGGCAACAGGUCCUCGGCUGUGUAUUGAUAUGAGCUUGACCGGUCACAUGACUAAGAAGGAAAUAAGUCGGCUUGCUGCACAGAUUAGGCGGCUUUAUGGGUCUAACAAGAAAGCUCAGAAGCCCUUUUGGCUCCAUCUCACAGGAAUUGUGAAAAACAGUCCUAUUUAUGAGGCAUGCUUGAGAAUGAAUGAUGGAUUUGCCAAUUAUCUGAUGGAUGUUACUGCAGAAAGUUAUCUUGACCUAUUUCCUUUGGACAUGAUUGUAUAUCUCACACCAGAUUCCGAUAAUGUUCUCGAGGAAGUUGAUCCACAAAAAGUACAUAUUUUGGGAGGGCUGGUGGAUGAAAGCAUUCAAAAAAAACUGACUUUCCAAAUUGCCCAAGAAAGACAUCUGCCGACAGCACGAUUGCCUAUUCAAGAGUACAUGGUAAAAAACACCAAUGCAAAAAAUUACCACUCGACCACCUUAGCAAUCAACCAAGUGUUCGAUGCCUUAUCAACUUUCUGUGAUACAAAGAGUUGGGAAGAAGCACUUAAAGCUGCAGUUUCUCCUGGAAAGGGAUACAUCUUCAAAGACACACAAUGACAAAAGGGUUCAAAGACACACAAUGACAAAUAUGAGAAAACAAGAUUUGGUCUGUCUUUGGUAACCUACAACAGUCUCCUUUACCCAAUUGCAUUCCAGAUAUUUUGGAUUACAACGAUUAAAAUUUCCAGUUGUAAAUUA